CAUUAAAAAUUUAACGAAAAAGUGAAAUUCGAACAAAGAUUUGUUUUUGAAAAACGAUAAGCAAAACCAAAAACAAAAAAGAAGAAUAAAAGUUUCGAGAAAAAGAAUUUUGAUUCUUUGUGCGACGAUGGAUGAGUCAACAAGGUUGACAGAUCCACCCAAUAAUCAACAGCAACAACAAAAUAAUAAUAAUAAUAAUAGCAAUCAUCAUCAUCAUCAGCAGCAGCAACAACAACAAGAAUUUCGUGACGAUGAAUGUUCAACGGACAGUGGUUGCAGUAGCGGGAGUAGUACCGGAAGUGCCGAAAGACUAUCAAAACGUGGAAGUGGUGAUCGAUUCUAUGAGGGUGGAAAAUUCCCCCGCACCCAUCAUUACUUGGACCAGCUUCGAGGCCGGUCAUCGAACUCACGCUCCCAAGAGAAGCUCUCCAGGCGUAACUGCAGUAACGAACGUUCCUCCAGGGCCAAAUCCUCUAGGUCCUGGAGUCCCAGUGAUUGUAGGUCGCGACCUUCUGCCGAGUCCCCCUUCCACUCGCAGAGUCCCUCUGACGCUCACAGCAGCGACAGCGAUUCCCUGCAGAGGCCAUCGGCCUCUUCCACCCUACGCAAGGCAUUGCAGAGUCUCAAAUUGUCGGGACGCGCCGAAAAAACUGAGAAGAAGCACACGAAGAAAAGUCCAAAGCGAAUUCUCCGCAGUCCAGUGACGUACACCUAUGUCAAGGGCCUCUCGGGCCUGCCCACACAGAGAGUCCCCAAAAUCGCCACCACACAUCAUCAGAUCAUCAUGCCUUGUACUUGUCAAGAUUCCAUUGGAUUAUAUCGAUAAUCGAGGUUCAAAAUAUUCUCAUCCAUCAUUUAUUUAUUUUAUAUCAUUCGUCACUAAUUUAUUCCUAAAAUCACGUCUCAAUGUGUUUCGUAAAAAAAAACCACAACUUUCUUUUCUUUCAAAAAAAAAAAAAAAAAUUAUUAUGAUUAUUACACAAUAAUUUUGUACUUAAAUUUUUGUUAAUUUCAUUCGAGUUAAUCAAAUUUCAAC